UCACACGCGCUGCUCCGGCCUGGCGGCGGAGCCCAGGCAAGGGAAGGCAGCGAUAGCCAUGGCUGGGGCCCUGGCUGGCCUGGCCACGGGCUUGCAGGUCCCACGGAUCGCCCCGAGCCCGGACUCGGACUCAGACUCCGACACAGACUCGGAGGACCCGAAUCUCCGGCGCAGCGCGGGCGGGCUGCUCCGCUCUCAGGUCAUCCACAGCGGUCACUUUAUGGUGUCGUCGCCGCACAGCGACUCGCUGACCCGUCGGCGCGACCAGGAGGGGCCAGGGGGUCUCGCUGACUUCGGGCCACGCAGCAUCGACCCCACACUCACUCGCCUCUUCGAGUGCUUGAGCCUGGCCUACAGUGGCAAGCUGGUCUCACCCAAGUGGAAGAAUUUCAAAGGCCUCAAGCUGCUCUGCCGAGACAAGAUCCGCCUCAACAACGCCAUCUGGAGGGCCUGGUAUAUCCAGUAUGUGGAACGGAGGAAGAGCCCCGUGUGUGGCUUCGUGACCCCUCUGCAGGGGCCUGAGGCUGACGCGCACCGGAAACCAGAGGCCGUGGUCCUGGAGGGGAACUACUGGAAGCGGCGCAUCGAGGUGGUGAUGCGCGAGUACCACAAGUGGCGUAUCUACUACAAGAAGCGGCUCCGUAAGUCCAGCAGGGAAGGGGAUCUCCUGGCUCCUAAGCAGGCGGACGGCAGGUGGCCACCGCCAGAAAGAUGGUGCGAGCAGCUCUUCUCCAGUGUGGUGCCUGUGCUGCUGGGGGGCCCAGAGGAGGAGCCUGGUGGGCGGCAGCUCCUGGACCUCGAGUGCUUUCUGUCAGACAUCUCCGACACGCUCUUCACCAUGACUCAGCCUAGCCCCUCACCUCUGCAGCUGCCCCCUGAGGAUGCCUACGUCAACAAUGCUGACAUGAUCCAGCCAGACCUGACACCAUUGCAGCCCAGCCUGGACGACUGCAUGGAGAUCUCAGAUUUCUUCACCAACUACCGCCCCCCACAGACGCCCACGCCUUCAAACUUCUUGGAGCCCCCUAGCUUUAGCCCCAUGGCUGAUUCCUUCUUCAGCAGUGGGAUCCUGGGUCCAGAGGUGACCGCUGCCUCUUCGGGCUUGACCCACCUCUCAGGACAUGGCCGCCUGCAGGCUCGCAACAGCAGCCCUGGCCCCUUGGACUCCAGCACCUUCCUGAGCUCUGAGUUCCUCCUUCCUGAAGACCCCAAGCCCAGGCUCCCACCUCCUCUGACACCCCCACCUCUCUUCCAAUACUCUCCCCCUGCCAAAGCCCUGGGCCUGGAGCCUUGUCCUCCACCCCCAUUCCCACCCAUGGCUCCACCCCCUGCUGUGCUGCAGGAAGAGUCUCUCUUCUCUCCCAGGCUUCCUUUCCCCACUGUCCCUCCUGGCCUGGGAGUAUCCCCACUGCCUGUUCCCACACCCUUCCCACCUACCCCACAGCCCACCCCAGGCCCUACCACCAGCCCCUUCCCCAUAAACCUCAUGGCCACAGGCUGUCCAGAGCCCCUUUUUGGGCCUUGCUUCUCCACAUCUCAGGGCACAUGGCCCAGAGGCAAGCCACCCUCUAGGGGACGGAAAGCCAGACCCCCCACCUUGGCCCCAGCCACUGCCAGCCCCACGGUUGCGGCCACUGCUGGGGGCAGCAACCCCUGCCUCACACAGCUGCUCACAGCAGCCAAGCCUGAGCAAGCCUUGGAACCACCACUUGUGUCCAGUGCCCUCCUCCGGCCGCCAGGGUCCCCGCAGGAGACGGUCCCCGAAUUCCCCUGCACCUUCUUUCCCCCAACCCCAGCCCCUACACCAGCCCGGCCACCUCCAGGCCCAGCCACACUGGCUCCAUCCAGGCCUCUGAUUGUCCCCAAGGCAGAGCGGCUCUCACCCCCAACACCCAGCGGUAAAGAGGGUCUGCAGGGACUGGGGGAGUUCAAGGGAUGGAGGGAGGAGCAGGAAGAAGGGGGUACUGCAUCUGGGGCCAGGAUGAGAAGAGCAGGGCAAUGGGACCCUCUCCCUUGUGUCGGUCUGUCUGUGGGUCUGUCUGUCCCUGCCACAGGCAGUGAGCGGCGGCUAUCAGGGGAGCUCAACUCCACACCUAGCCCAGGGACCCUGAGCAUCCGCAUCUCACCACCUCAACCCAUCAUACACCGGGGCCGUGCUGACAAUAACAAAACCGAGAAUCGGCGUAUCACACACAUCUCUGCAGAGCAGAAGCGGCGCUUCAAUAUCAAGCUGGGGUUUGACACCCUUCACGGGCUUGUGAGCACACUCAGUGCCCAGCCCAGCCUCAAGGUGAGCAAGGCUACCACACUGCAGAAGACAGCAGAGUACAUUGUCAUGCUGCAGCAGGAGCGGGCGGCCAUGCAGGAGGAGGCCCAGCAGCUGCGAGAUGAGAUCGAGGAGCUCAAUGCUGCUAUUAACUUAUGCCAGCAGCAGCUGCCUGCCACAGGGGUGCCCAUCACACACCAGCGUUUUGACCAGAUGCGAGACAUGUUUGAUGACUAUGUCCGAACCCGGACACUGCACAACUGGAAGUUCUGGGUGUUCAGUGUCCUCAUCCGGCCUUUGUUCGAGUCCUUCAAUGGCAUGGUGUCCACAGCAAGCCUGCAUAGCCUCCGCCAGACCUCACUGGCCUGGCUGGACCAGUACUGCUCCCUGCCUGCUCUCCGGCCAACUGUCUUGAACUCCCUACGCCAGCUGAGUACAUCUACAAGCAUCCUGACUGACCCAGGCUGUAUCCCUGAGCAAGCCACGCGGGCAGUCACAGAGGGCACCCUUGGCAAACCUCUGUAGCCCUGGCCAUAGCUUGCUGCUCACUCAGCUGCCCUGGGGCUGCCUUCCCUGGCAUGGGCUCCAGAGAUAACUCCUGGGCACUCCUCUCCCACCCUGGGUCCUGGCAAUCCCCUUCCCUGAGGGUUGCAGGGUCCAAGUCUCAUGCUUCCCACCUCCUAGAGGCUGAGAAGAGCUGAGUCCUUGUCCCUGCUCUACCACUGUGUCCUAGCACUGUGACCCUGGGUGACUCAUAGCCACUCUUUGGACCUCUGUUUUCCAAUCUGCAAAAUGGAGAUGGGGAAAAUUCAACCACUAGAUGACCCAAGAUCUUAGCAAAUAUGACAUUGAGGGGGCCUAAGCUGGCAACCCCAAAAGCUCAAAGGAGGGAAGAGGAUGUUUCCCUGUCACUCCCACUUGCUUCCCCACGGGUGGGACACAGGCCUCUUCCUGAACACAGAAGCAGAACAGGAGGUUCUCUCUCUCUGCUCCUUCACUGGUGACCCAGAGGGGCUGCAGGAUGGCUUCCCCUGGGUGAGACUAGGAAGGUCUGAUCAUGGGAGAGACCAGGGUUGGGGUGGCCAGAGCAGGGCAGGCAUCCUGUGUGUGUGUGUGUGUGUGUGUGUGUGGACAUGCGCGUGUAUGGAUUUUGUAAAGAAUUCUUCACCAAUAAAAGCAAAAACUGUCUGCUGG